CCUUUAGACAUCCUGGAUGAAACCAGAAACGCUAUGCUGAGUAAAUAAAACAAAUGCAUUGGCUCGACAAAAAGAUGAGAUGUGACCUUUACGCAGUCACAUUGUCGAUUAUAGCCGGAGUGACGGCAUCGCCGAUCUCCGACUUAAUCGAGCGUACGAUAGUCGACGAGAAUUCCAUACUAUCCAUACCGUCACCUGCAAGCGCUCAUGAGAUGCUGGACAUCGUUGAAAGAAGGGCGCCAUUUCCAAAUGAAGGAAACGACAAAGUCAGGCUUGACUGCAAUGUACAAAGAAACAAGAGUCUGCUAAAGAAAGCACAUGGAGACAUUGCGAUCUACGUUCCUACAUGCUCGCCAACAGAUUCUGUGUUUUAUCUUCCAGUGCAAUGUUUAGAAGUGCAGAAGUACUGCUGGUGUGUACACACGGCUACGGGAGAACCUAUUCCAGGCACGUCAAUACUAAAUGCAAGGCCUCACUGCGAAGAAGAAAAACCAACGCCAAAGCCAAAAAGAAUCAAUCGGUGUACAGGCAGGCGAAGGACUCGAUUUGUACGUCGUCUGGUUGCUGCAAUCAAGUCUGAAAUGAUCAUCACAGGAAAUGCAGUUUCUGAAAAUAUAGGAAGAGAAGCAGCACUGACCUGGAAGUUUAAUCAGUUAAACACCAACAAAGAUCAGGUGCUAGAGCGCAGUGAAUGGAAACCAUAUAAGACUGCCAUUCUUCAGUGGAAAAAGGUGAAGCAUUGUUCGAGAAGUUUCUUCAAGACCUGCGACGUCGACUCAAACCGUCGGUUAACAUUGGAAGAGUGGAGAAAAUGUAUCAUUGCAGAUGUCACAAAAACUCCGGCUCUUAGACAGGAUCAACUCAAUCCAUUUCUGUAUAUUCUAAAAGCAGAUUGAGUAUCUGCUUGUGUUUUGACUCAAAUGAAUGUUUUUAUACUUCUGUGUUCUUGUCCUUCCCUAUUGUGGCAACGUUGCAAAUCCUAUACCUUCUGCCGUCUUCAGGAUGUC